GCAUUUGCCAAAAUGAAUCUAGGUGCGUUUACUCUCCUCUUGGCAUUGAUCGGUGGUGCCAGCGGCCAGUACUACUAUGAUUACGAUUACGCCUCCCUAUCGAUUUAUGGGCAAUCAUCGCCAAACUGUGCUCCAGAAUGUAACUGCCCUGAGAGCUACCCGACGGCCAUGUACUGCGAUGAGCUCAAACUGAAAAGUGUGCCAAUGGUGCCUCCUGGAAUCAAGUACCUUUACCUUCGGAAUAACCAGAUUGACCAUAUUGAUGAGAAGGCCUUUGAAAACGUAACUGAUCUGCAGUGGCUCAUUCUAGAUCAUAACCUCCUAGAAAAUUCCAAGAUAAAAGGAAGAGUUUUCUCUAAACUCAAACAACUGAAGAAGCUGCAUAUAAAUCACAACAAUCUGACAGAGUCUGUGGGCCCGCUUCCCAAAUCUCUGGUGGACCUGCAGCUCACUCACAACAAGAUCUCAAAGCUGGGCUCCUUUGAUGGACUGGUAAACCUGACCUUCGUCCACCUUCAACACAAUCAGCUGAAAGACGAGUCCGUUUCAGCUGCCUUGAGAGGUCUUAAGUCACUUGAGUACCUUGACUUAAGCUUCAAUCAGAUGACCAAACUGCCUUCUGGUCUUCCCGUGUCUCUGCUAACUCUCUAUUUAGACAACAAUAAGAUCAGCAACAUCCCUGAUGAGUAUUUCAAGCGUUUUAAUGGACUGCAGUAUCUGCGUUUAUCUCAUAAUGAACUGGCUGAUGGUGGAAUACCUGGAAAUUCUUUUAAUGUCUCAUCUCUGCUUGAGCUGGAUCUCUCCUAUAACAAGCUUAAAAACAUACCGACUGUCAAUGAAAACCUUGAAAAUUAUUACCUGGAGGUCAAUGAGCUUGAAAAGUUUGAAGUAAAGAGCUUCUGUAAGAUCCUGGGACCAUUAUCUUACUCCAAGAUCAAGCAUUUGCGUUUGGAUGGUAAUCACCUCACCCACACUAGUCUGCCGCCUGAUAUGUAUGAAUGUCUACGUGUAGCAAAUGAAAUCACCGUUAAUUAAUAUCAACUAAUUCCAAUUAUACUGAGGUGUAUCCUGAAGCAACAUUUUAUGAUUAUGUUUUUUGUGAGUCAGUUUUCAUAAUAUUCAUUUUUUGUUGUUUAUUACUUCCAUGAAUUUUAAAUUCUGAGGGAAAAUGUUUUGUAAACAUUUUACUACUUUUUUUAAAAGAAAAGAUGAGAGGCAGGCCUAUUUCAUCACAAGCACAGACACAUACACACACACAUACAAAAAACUUAAUGUUUUAUUUGUAAAUUUAGUGUUUUCUACAUCCCUACUGUCAAAUGAUGUGCAAAGCCUUUGACUGGUUAAAUGUAAGUCAGCCAAGUUUUAUAAUUCCUAAAUCUUAACUUAAUGUGCCAAAAAGCAUGGACUGCAUACAUAUGGAUGCUUACUGUCUUGAACAAAAUUAUCUCAAUUUUCAAAUGUUCCGAUUUCAAAUUUUAAUGUUCAAAUUUGUUUAGCUGAAAAAUAGGUGGUAAAUUUUGAGAUCAAUGAUUUUGCAAAAUACUAGACAAAAUUCAUGAAGCCGCAAACACAUAAAACAGUAUUUUUAGUAUUAAGAAUUUAUAGUUACCUAGUGAAACUUUUCUUUUCUAGAAUUAUUUUUCACUCUAA